CCAAUUGCGAGACGCUCAGGGUCCUUAAUCUCGCCGUUGGGACCAAACGUCAACACAAGGCUGCCGGGGCGUCGGCUGCGAAGCUCCUCCGGGGCGCCAAGCACCUGCGCGAAGUGCAACUGGAAUACAAGCCCUUGGGGCGCGUCAAAAUAAGUGUCGUACGUACGUACGUCCGGCCGUACGUCCGUCCGGCCGACGGCUACCAAACAAAAGUAUCAUUUAAUAGGUGAAAUCGCAUAUUUUCGGAAAGGGGAGAGUAAGAGGAUUAUUAUACUGUGAAAAUAUGGGCGCUUUCAUGCCAUGCUGAAAAGAAUGGAGCUUUAGAAAGAUUGCAGCGGUUUGCAAGCCGCGCUACCGCUGCGGGGCGAUAGAGAGCGCUACUGUCGUUGUUUUCAAGUCAAAAGUAAACACUCCAGUGACUCCCAUUGUCGGCCACAUUCUUAGUUUGAAAUGGAUUUGGAUUUGGAGGGUAUUAUUGGAGCGAUAUUGUUGGACGAGUUAAUGGCUGAAGAUUACUUACGUCCAAACGGCGCUAUGGACGACGACGGUAAGGCAACUGGUGGAUUGAAGUAAUUGAAGUAAUGGUUCAAUGGUUCAUGGGCUGUUAGGUGCCACAUAUCUGACAAGUAUUUUUUAAUAAUUUUACAUCCCUUGGUUUUCAGAUGAUGCAGAUGACGAAUUAUUCCAGAUGAAUAUAGCUUAUUGGAAGCGUUUGGGUGACCCAACAUUUAAGCAACACUUUCGGAUGGAUCGUGGUCCCUUCGAGUCUCUGGUUGUUGUUGUUGGUCGCCACAUGAGUGACAAUGGCCUCCUUCAAAGGCAAGGUAUGCCAAUUGAUGAGGCGCUCAUGAUGACCCUUUGGGCACUUGCUACACCGGACAGUUUUAGGUCCACUGCUGUCACAUUUAGGAAGAAAGGACGUGGCUCAGUUCACAACCAAUACCGCACUAUGAUCAAAGUCCUCUGUGACCUUCGUCAGAAAUACAUACAGUGGCCUUCAAGGUGGGAAAAGCAAGUAAUUGCUAGAAAUUUUUACGAUAUGUAUGGAUACCCAAGUGUACUUGGAUGUAUUGACGGUACGCAUAUCAGAAUGACUGCUCCAUUGGAGCAGCCUCAGCGAUAUGUUAAUAGACAUCAUGAUUACUCCGUACUGGUACAAGCUGUGUGUGAUCACAGACUGCUUUUCCGUGACAUUUUUGUGGGUCAACCUGGAGCUGUGGGUGAUGUCAGGAUGUUCCAGAGGAGCCCUCUUGGAAUCCAGCUGUUCAGAAGGUUAGAUUUAACCGACGACUUACACAUACUUGGAGAUGGUGCUUAUCCUCUAUCCUCUAAGUUAUUAGUGCCGUACAGAGAUUAUGGGAAUUUGACACAGCGCCAGCGUUUUCAUAAUUACCACCUUUCUCGCUGCCGAGCUACCAUUGAGAGGGCAUUUGCCCUUCUUAAGCAGAAGUGGAGAAGAUUGAAAUUCUUUCCAAGUUUGAGUAUCGAGUAUGCUAAUAUGCAUAUUGUUGCAUGCAUGGUGCUUCACAAUUUCAUUAUAUUGGAAGAGCAAUAUGAGGACUUUGAGGAUGAACCUGAUAUGGUACCAGAUGAUGUUACUGAUCAGCAGUUGGCACAACAGGAAAGAGAAGAGGGAAUUCUGAAGAGAAAUUAUAUUGCUGCUCUGUUGCAUCCUUAGUUAAAUUGGUAUCACUUCCUCAGCCUGUUAUUCCAAUAAUGUUGAGACUUGCUCUGAAUAGUACAUUCCUUCUUAUGUAAGGAUCGGUCUAAGUCUUAUUUUUGUGCUGGUUCAAUGUUACUUCAAUCUUUUUAAAUGUUACUUUCAAAGAUCUUGUAAAGAAUUUCCUUUCUUCUAGUUUUGU